AUGGACAGCUAUGAGUCGUUUGCGCCUGGUGCGGCUCUUGUCGACGUGCAGAAUGGAAAUUUAAACGAUACACGGCUGACGCAGUCUGCCUUUCCCUUCCUGAAGCUUCCCCGCGAGCUUCGAGAUGAGGUCUACAAUCAAGUCUAUAAUAUCCAAGACGACCGCAGCGAGCGCGCCCUCCGUAUCGAACGCAGGAAUUUGAAAUACUUCAAGACCUCUGCCGCUGCCAUCCUCCUCGUCCUCCAUCACGAAUACUUCCUCCUCAACCGGCAAAUAGCCCGAGAAGCUCUCGAAGUCCUCUUCAAGAACCACACCGUUUUCCUCAGCUGCGGCCCCUUCGUACUCAAGACGCUGUUGGAAAGGAUCGAGCAGCAGAAUGGGCCGGGUAGACAAUGGUUGAAGUGGAUAAAGAAGAUCGAACUCGACUGGGUGACAUUCCCCAAUCUGAAACUGUAUCCGCCAGAUAGGGAACAAGGGAGAGAUGAGUGGUACUGGGAACACGAUGAGGCUGAAGUCGAUGUAGACUUUGUACGCGGUGCGCAGUAUAACGGGCAUUACGACGAGUAUGAUCACGAAGGCGGCCAUUACGAAGACAACUUCUACGAACCUUGCAACACUUCACUCUACCCUUCCUUCCGCCAACCCACCGCCACUCAACCGACCAGUUCAAACGAUCCCUUUGGCUUCGCGAACCAUUACCCAUUCACAGACCCGUCGCGAGAACCGGCCCAGGAGGCUUCAGCCGAAGACAUCGCCUCAAAACUAGACCUCCUCGUAUCAAUGGAAGUAACGCCACUCUUUUCCUACCUCGCCUCCCCAACCUUUAAUCUCACUACUAUCACUAUUCCAUUGUACUUUAUAUCGAAGCAGUCGCACCACAAUCGUAGCGUCACACGGCCUGGCUACGCACUCCCUCUCAAGAUCAGGUACUGGGUGCAAGUCUGCGUCCACGCGUUACUUAUGCUCCAAUCACCUUCCUCCUCCUCCUCCUCCUCCUCCUCCUCCUCCUCCUCAUUCCUCCCAACAUUGCAGCAUGUCCGCAUAAAGUAUCUACCUUGGGAUAUCUGGGCUUCUAUGGAUCCUGCCGAUGACCUCCACCGCAUGGGCGACAAGGGUGUCUGGUUCGACGCGCUCGAAGACGGCGAAGGGGGCGAGAGGGAAGGCGAGGGCGAAGCGUUCCGUGCUAUAUGGGCUAGUAUGAGGACGAAGCUUUUGGACGAACAAAGGCAGAGGAUGGGACUAAAGGCAGACGUCAAGUUUGUGCCGUGGGAUGGGAAUGUCGACAGCUGGAGGGUAGGGGAUGAGCUUGAGGUUAUCUUGACAAGGGCCGAAGGCGACUGA